UACUACUUGAUUUUGAAAACCAUGAAGAGAGUAAGAAACAAUGAAACUAGUGAGGUAGACAUGGCUGGUGCUUUCAAGUGCAAGACAUGUAGUAAAGAAUUCCUUUCAUUUCAAGCUCUUGGUGGACAUAGGGCUAGCCACAAUAAGCUUAAGCUAAAUGGCAGAAACCAGAAGAAGGUGCAUGUAUGUUCUAUUUGUGGGCUUCAAUUUGCAACUGGACAAGCACUUGGAGGGCACAUGAGAAAGCAUAGAACAGGUACAGGUCCAGUUCAUGAUUAUGAUCAAGAUGAGACCAUGGCUAAUAGUCCUAAAAGAUUUCAUCUCUUCUUGGAUUUGAACUUGACGCCCUAUGAGAAUGAUCUAAAGUUGCUUAACUUCUUCUUUUUUGAGGCAUUAAGUACCUUCACUUAAUGAUACUUGUUUUAAAUUAGAGGUUUUUGUAAAUUUUAUUUGCUUUAUUAGAGUAUUUACUAUGUUGAACCCGAAACCUCACAGUUAUGUAUGUGUGCGUUUAUAGUGGUUAUAGUGGUUAUUGUGCGAU